AUGGCGGCUGUAUAUGACGAAGUCGAGAUCGAGGACAUGGAGUUUGACGAAGAGGAGCAAGCGUAUUACUACCCGUGUCCAUGUGGUGACCGCUUCAGUAUCGAUCUCGAGGAUCUAUACAUUGGCGAAGAUAUCGCAUCGUGCCCCAGUUGCUCGCUUACAAUUCGAGUCAUCUUUGACGACAAGAACUUACCUGACCUCAAAGACAUUGAGGACGACGUUGAUGUAAUAUGA